AUGUUAAAAAGCAUGGUGUGGUUUGGCGCAUUGGCCCAUCUCGCACACGCGACAGCACAUCCAACAUCAGCUGCACUGCCUAAGAAGACUACAGCCACAUCGUGCCAGGAGUCGCAUACCGUCAGCGACUUCUCGAGACCCGUGAAAGGUUGUCCUACAUUAACGGUGUGGCACCUUGCAUCUGCUCUCUCUGGCAACGAUGAUGCCAGCUCAAUUUGCAAGAGCGCAUAUCCUCAGUCUCCAUACGAAACGACCACCGACUACAAUUCGGACGCUUCCUUCAUAGCGUCACUCACUACCACGUCUAUCACUUGCACGCCAAACAGGAAACGCGUGAUUGCCCGAACCACAAGUACCAAGAAGAACAGCUCGGUAAUUCCCAAAGCCUCAGCUAUAUCGAGGACGACUUCUUCGCGGCCAACGAUCAUAUCCAAGCCCACAACCAGCGCCAAUCCUCUUGUGCAAUCCCUCAAGAAACUUCCCCAAACUUGCUUCUCCUCCGUCUGUUCCUCCCUCGCCGGCACUAGGACUUUUGCGCGCUACACCGCGACCUCCUACCACGUCGCAGCAACCGUUUAUGUUGCAAAGCCAGAGACCUGCGGCCCGAAUGACUUCUGCGACACAACCCACGACAAGCCCGUCUGCCGACCUCGUCCUGAAGUUGACGCAUGUGCGCCGAUCCAGAUUACCAAUUUCGCCAAUCCUCAGCUCGCCCUCUGUACUUCAACGAAUGGUUGUACCGGUGGCUGUUGGUAUCUACAACUCCCGGGCCCAGCCGCCAACUACAGCAAUGGCAACUGUGCCCUCUCCAAUCCAUUUGCAUUCACGGCCAACGAUGUCGAGACGCCAUGUAAUGUGAACAGUGACUGUGGACGUGGUGAGGUCUGCGGACAACAGAAGUUCGGCAGGGUUUGUCGCAUUGCAGCGUCUGAGACCUGCAACUCUCCGCUCACACCCGACACUUUUCUCCAGCUCUGA